GAAUUAGAUAAAGAGCUGUGGAGUUAGGGUGUUCAUCUGUAUAUAAAGCUGCCACAUACGCCUCUACUGUGUGUAGUUUCAGCAGGUACAGACACAAACAUGAAGUACUUCAUUCUCCUUGCGCUGUUUGCUGCAGCAUAUGCUGCUCCCAUUGAGGAUGACAAGAUUGUCGGAGGCUACGAGUGCACUAAGAACUCUGUGGCCUACCAGGUUUCUCUGAAUGUUGGGUACCACUUCUGUGGAGGCUCCCUGAUCUCCAGCACCUGGGUCGUGUCUGCUGCUCACUGCUACAAGUCAAGCAUCCAGGUGCGUCUUGGUGAGCACAACAUUGCUGUCUCCGAGGGAACCGAGCAGUUCAUCAGCUCUUCCAAGGUCAUCCGUCACCAAAGCUACAACAGCUACAACCUGGAUAAUGACAUCAUGCUGAUCAAGUUGAGCAAGCCCGCCACCCUGAACAGCUACGUCAAAACUGUGUCCCUGCCCUCCAGCUGUGCCAGUGCUGGCACCCGCUGUCUGAUCUCCGGAUGGGGCAACACCAGCAGCACUGGAAGCUACUACCCCGACCGUCUGAUGUGCCUGGAUGCCCCCAUCCUGAGUGACACAAGCUGCAGAAACAGCUACCCUGGAGAGAUCACCGCCAACAUGUUCUGUGCUGGAUAUCUUGAGGGAGGCAAGGACUCCUGCCAGGGUGACUCUGGUGGCCCUGUGGUGUGCAACGGCCAGCUGCAGGGUAUUGUGUCCUGGGGUUAUGGCUGCGCACAGAAGAACAGGCCUGGAGUCUACACCAAGGUCUGCAACUACAACAUCUGGAUUCGCAACACCAUGUCCUCCAACUAAAUGGAACUAAAGUUUUUAAACUGAGGUUUCUUGUUAACUAUGUAUCCAGUUGCAAAUAAAUAAAUAGCCAACAUCA